AUGAAAAAUUAUUAUUUAAAUUCAAGCGAAAGAGGGAUUAAAAAAGUUAAUAAUUUGUUAUUAUAUGAUCAACCUGAAACUGUUUACGGAUAACUAUUAUUGAAUUAAACUAAUCCAACAUCAAAAAACAAGAAAUAAUUUAAAGAAAUUUAACCGCUCAAAUUACUGGAUGCUCCUAAUGUUACUCAAAAUUCUGAGUAUUAACUAUUAGAUUGGUCAUCAUAAGAAAUCAUAUUCUUAGGAUUAAAAGAGAAUUUGUUCGCACGCAAUUUUAAAACUGGAAUCACUUAAUUAUUAACUCAAUUAGAGGAUGGGAUACUAACUAGUCUUUGUUCUUAAGGUGAACUUAUUGUAUACAGUACUUCUAAUGGUGACCUUAUUGUUAUUGAUUCUGAUCAGAAAUAGCUAUUGUAAUCAUACCAGCUAAAUGAUAUUACAAGAAUGAUUUGUUUUAAUGAUUGCAUUUUGUGUUGUGCAACAGUAAAUAAUGGAAUUCUUUACAUUGAUCUCAGAUAAAAUAAAUAUAUUUAUAGGAUUGGAACAAUGGUUGAUAUCUAUUCGGUCACUGCAGGAUCUCCAAAUAAAGUAUGCAUAUAUGAUAUUCGUAAACCAUAAAUCUUAAUUGCACAAUACAACUAAGAUGGUAGGGCUCUAACUUGGGAUAAAAGAAAACAAAAUUAUUUAUGCGCUGGUGGGUAAGAUUAAACAAUAACUAUUUGGAAUACUGAAGGAGAAUAUAAUCCUCAUCGUAUGAGUGUUGAUUUUGGAAUUACUCAAAUAGUAAGUACAAAUACUUAGUUGCUUUAUUGUGCUGGGAAUAAGUGCUACAACGGUAACAUAAUUAUGAAUCGACAUUAAGACAAAGUUCUUAGAAUAGCUACUUCAACAGAUCAAAGUUAACUGUGUUCAUUAGGAGCUGAUGAGUUAUUAAUAUUUUGGUCUUUAGUUAAUUGA